AUGCCACUAUAUUUAAAAAUAUUGAAGUUUGGAGAAAAUAAAGGCAAACGUGAUAAAGCUCUCAUAGUUAGUCCUAGCUUACCAUAUUUUGGCUUAGUAUCACGCGUGAAUUUAAGGCAAUUUUUUUCAAAGGCUAAUAUUAAUUUAAUACCGGAAUACACUGCAUUAGACAGUGUUGAUAAUAUAUAUAGCCCCUAUGAGUUUUGUUUUGUAUAUAAUAAAAAGGGAGGAGAAAGGCUGUACAUGUUUUCUUUUGGAUUUAACGCGUUUCAGCAAACAAAUCCUAAUGACAAGGCUCUGAAAACUACAUUGAGUCAAAAAAUUGGUCAUGUAAGACAGAUUCUUAUAAACAUUCAAAUAGAUGAUGAGCGAUUGGAGAUUUGGGGAUUCAAGCCAGCAAUUAACUUGGAGGAAUGGCAAACAAAGAAACCCACAUGCAUAUUUGGAGAUCCAAAUGAGAUCUUGGGUCUGGUAGAUGAAAAUAAAAAUGCGUGGUAUUGUUAUGGAUUCUCGGGAGAAAGCAUGCCUUUGAGACAACUGGCAGUAAAUGUAAAAAAAGCAGUGUACUGUCAAGGUCGGCAGGCUAUUUAUGUGCUUACAGAGUGUGGCAAAGUUACAUGCUAUACAGGCUUAAAAGACAACCUUGUUCAUAGUAUUAUGGAUAUACCAAAUCGUGUCCAUGAUAUUGCUGCUUCUUUUAGCCAUAUAUUAUUCUAUUCUGCUGGAUAUGAUCCAAUAUACGCCUUGGGCAGCAACAGGUUCUCGCAGCUGGGUUUGGAUUAUCAACAGAGUACCAACAUCGAAAUGCCUUUUCCUAUCGACUUUUUCUGCGGUCUAGGCAAUCCUUAUGGAACAACAGACGGGAGUGUAAGCUGUAGUCCAUUCCACUCGGUUGUAAUCCUCUCGGGCGAAGUGUACACAUUUGGCUUAAGAAAAGAUGGCCGAUUAGGUUGGGGGGAGGAAGAAGCGGAUGAUUGUGAUGACAGCACUGUAGGACUGGGAGUAUUUAUGGAGAAUGGCGUCGAAGUGCAAGUCAAUGCAAUAAAAUCUGUCUGUGGUUCUUCCCACACAGUUGUAUUAGAUGAUGAAGGAAAGGUUUGGAUAUGUGGAACUAGUUAA